AUGACGACUCUUGGUUUGGUCUUCUUUCACUGUCUAGUUUUGUUUUCAGGCAUAUACUAUUCUUCUGCUGCUGAUACCUUAACUCCAACUCAAUCCAUUCGGAAUGGCAGCACCUUAGUUUCUUCAAGUAAAAUCUUUGAGCUAGGCUUCUUCUCACCUGGUGAGUCCAAGAACCAAUACUUAGCAAUAUGGUACAAAAAGUUUCCUGAUAUUGUUGUAUGGAUUGCUAAUAGAGAAAACCCAGUUAAAGAUUCACAUGCAAUCCAUACCAUUUCCAGCACUGGUAAUCUUGUUAUCUUUGAUGGAGAAAACAAUAUUUUUUGGUCAUCCAAUUCAUCUAGAGCAACAAAAAGUCCAGUUUUUGCACAGCUGUUGGAUUCAGGAAAUUUUGUUGUUAGAGACAAUGAUACAAAAAGCUACUUAUGGGAAAGUUUUGAUUUUCCAUCAGACACUCAAUUGCCAGGGAUGAAGAUGGGAAGGAACUUCAAGACUGGUAUAAAUCGAUUUUUGACAGCAUGGAAAGAUGUUUAUGAUCCAUCUCCUGGAGAUUUUACUUACAGAAUUGACAAUAUUGGCUUGCCUCAGCUUUUUCUUCGUCAGGGGAUGAAGAAGAGGUUUCGUACUGGGCCAUGGAAUGGAAUCAGAUUUAGUGGUGUUCCUUUACAGAAUACCACAGUUUUGAACUAUGUUUUUGUUGAUACCACAGAGGAGCUUUACAUUAAUUAUGCAGUGAAGGACAAUUCUCUUAUCUCCAGAUUUAUGUUGACCGAAUCGGGUUUGCUUCAACGUCUUGUGUUGUAUGGAAACAGCGGGGAAUGGACAGUCAUGUAUUCAGUGCAGAACGACUUGUGUGAUGAUUAUGCACAGUGUGGCCCUAAUGGAAUUUGCAGAAUCAAUAAAAGGCCAAUUUGUGAAUGCUUGACAGGGUUCCUUCCUAGAUUACCACACGAGUGGGAAGUACUCAAUUGGACUGGUGGAUGUGCGAGAAGGACUCCGUUAGAUUGCCAGAAGGGAGAGGGAUUUGUGAAGCUUGAGAAUGUGAAAUUGCCUGAUCUAUUGGAAUUUAAGUUUAAUAAGAACCUAAACCUCAAGGAAUGCAGGGCAGAGUGCUUUAAGAAUUGUUCUUGCACAGCUUAUGCUAAUUCGGAUAUUUCAAAUGGAGGUAGUGGUUGUUUAAUGUGGUUUGGCAAUCUGAUUGAUAUCCGGGAAUACAUUCAAGGACAAAGCAAGCAAGAUAUCUAUAUUCGGAUGCCAGCUUCAGAACUAAGUGAUUCAAGUUGGAAAAGUAAGAACAUAGUGAUUAUAGUGGUCACAUCAACAAUUUCUGGGUUGCUUGCUUUCUUUUUGGCAUGUUGGUAUAGAAUUUUGAAGAAAAAGAGAAAGAAAAUAGGUAAACAAACUCAUCCAAAGUUGUUAUUAUUAAAGUAAGAAUAU